UGUCGCCUUCCAAAAAAAAAAAAGUCAAAAGGAAAAAGCAAGAAAGAAGCCAAUGAUUGCAUCGAAGGCAAAGGAGGACUCUUCUCCUUUGACAGAUCAUAUUCAGUACGCGGCGAUCGAUCUUCGUACCGCUUUGACAGAUGUCCAACAAUCAUCGUCUUCUUUGGUUUCUCUAAUUCUUUCUCCUUUUUCCUAUUCAUUCUCUCUCUCUCUCUCUCUCUCUAUUUCCUAUUUUAUUUUAUUUUAAUUUAGUUUAAUCUUUUUUAAAG